AUGAUCCCCUCUAAAUCCAACCCGCCGCCGCUGGCGCUCCUUGCGCUCCUCCUAAGUGGCGCGUACCACACGACCGCCCGUGACAUUUUCGUCUCCCCCGCAGGCACAGGCACGGGCACCCUCGAUGCGCCGUACGGCUCCAUCCAAUCGGCCGUCGGCGCCGCCGUCGCGGGCGACACGAUUUUUCUCCGCGGGGGCACGUAUGCGCCGACGGCGAAUAUUCAGAUUGCAAAGAGCGGGACGCGGACGCAGCCGAUUACUGUGAGGGCGUAUCCGGGGGAGAAGGUUAUUGUCGAUGGGGAGAAUAUGCCUGGAACUCCAAAGGCGUUGGAUGAGGCCUUGCCCAAUUCUGAGCGCGGGAUCUUUCACAUCCAAAAUGCGAAUUACUGGGCAUUCUACGAUUUGGAACUCAUCAACGGGCCCUACGGGAUCUACGCCCGCGACGCCUCCCACAACACCUACACAAACAUCUCCACCCACGACAACUACGAAACGGGCUUCCAGCUCGAGGGCGCCUCAUCCAACAACACCGUCGCGAACCUCGACUCCUACCGCAACCGCGAUCCGCGCAAGAACGGCGAGAGCGCAGACGGCUUCGCGUGCAAGUCCGGGUCCGGCGAGGGCAACGUCCUGCGCAAUGCGAGGCUGUGGGAUAACGUCGACGACGGGCUCGACCUCUUCAUGUUCGGGUCCGCCGUGGUGCUGGAGGAGGUGUAUGCUUGGGGCAACGGGUAUAACCGGUGGGGGUUCAGCCCGUUUGAGGGGGAUGGAAACGGAUUCAAAUUGGGGAUUACGGGGAACCCUGUGGCGGAUCAUGUAGUGCGGAACUGUAUCGCGUUUGGGAAUUGGAAGAAGGGGUUUAUGAUAAUGGGAACCCGGGUAGUUUGA